AGCACCGAAAAAAUGCAGUCGAAUAAGCAACGCCCCAGUCUGCGAAGAAUGGCGAUGUUUUAGGUUAUGUGGUAUUUACUUUAUAAAUCUUGAAAAUUUAUACGAAAAACUUACGUUUUAUCUGGGAGUUCUUCAGUUGAACAUCGACUGUAUUCCUCUGUAGGACACGGAAAAGAUACGGAACAAGACUUUGUCAUGAAAGCAGACCAGGAUGAGAGGAGCGCAUCCGACAUUGCUGCAUAAAAGACACAUGAACAGUCAAAGAGAGAGGGACGAUAGGAGGAUGAUGAGAAACUGAAAAGUCGACAGGAUCAGCAGGAUGUCUGUGACCAUGACCAGAAGUGACGGGGUCACUGUGUUCACUUUGACCCCGGACCCCCAAAGUUCUUUACCUCCAAUAUGCCAAAUCCUCAGAGGCCUCUGCUACAGCCCUGUCUGCUGCUCUGUGUCUCAGCGCCUGAAGAAGUUUCAGGGAGCUUCUCAGUCAGUCCUGGGGGCCCUGCAUAUUAUGGUUGGUUUGCUGAACAUCGGCCUUGGAGCAAUCCUCCUCAGUAGUGGUCUUGGCUCUUGGCGGCAGAUGGAUGAGAUGAAGUAUCCUAUUUGGAUGGGAGUACUGUUCAUUUUAUUCGGCAUCAUGAACAUUUUGUCUGAGAAGUUCCCAAGUCCAUGUCUGGUCAUCCUCACUGUGGUCUUAAAUCUAUCAGGAGUUGCUAUUGCCAUCGCAGCCAUCGUUCUCUACAUCAUCAACGUCUUAGGCAUUUAUUUGUGGUGGAUGUGUCAUGAUGGUGCUUAUGACAAAUAUGAUGACAGGUUGGCACCUUCACCUGAAGAUAUGCCCAAAUGCCUGGAGGCUCAAGAUCUGGUUCUGAUGAUUUUAAGGAGCAUCAAUGCUGUGCUGAUCGUCCUGUCAGUCCUGGAGCUCUGUGUCACCAUCAGUUCUGCUGUUUUGGGGAUCAAAGCUCUAAAGCAGAAGACAGAGAACAAGAGCCCUGAUGACCCAGAACAGUGCAAACCACUGCUGGAGGAAGUCACCAGUAACUGUGCAGCUUAAAUCCAAAUCUCUGCUUCACACUGUUACUGAAGAGAAAGUUUACUCCUAAGCUCUUAUGCAUCUUUACCACUGAACAUAUUUAUUCUUGAAUUACACUAAUGUAGUGAGUACAAAGUCAGCUGAAAUGUUGGGUCUCUUCCUGAGGGAUGUUUGCACUUAUUCUUCGGAGCACUUUGAAUAAUAGUCAACAGCCACUCUGAUUUCAUCUGUUUCUGAUUUUUAAAUGCUACUCUUUAUUAUGAUUGUCGAGCAAUGUACCUUAAGGUCAGUAAUUUUGUAACUGUAAGGGAAGUCCAUGCAUGUGUGUAAUACUGAUGGACUGAUGGGGUUUCUGUUUUAUUUUAAACCAUGUUAAAAACAUGAAUAAAAAUGACUCAAAGCUG